AUGGAUCUUGCUGAAAGACUAGUGACAAAACUAAAUGAACUGCUAGAUGCUAUACAGAGAGGAGAGAUAGACGAUAUCGAGAACAUAGUUGACUGGUUCGAACAAGACAUGGAUCGCAACAGAACGCUAUUACCUGCCGUGUACGCCGGAGCCAGGCCAUGUCCUACACAAGACGACCUUGUCAUUGCCGCUUGUUCCCACAACCAGAAGUGUGUCCUCGACUACUUGCUGAGUGAAACUGAUAUACUGGAGUAUCUCACUGACAGUACACAAGACAUCACACAAGUGAUUGAGAAGAGAACCGAAGCGGUCAGACAUGCGCUGCGGCUGGAAGAUUUCGAUAUGGUGGAGAAAUUGUACAACUACUGGAGCGGCGACUUGUAUUGGAAAGGGCACAAAAAGGAUAAGUUUGAGACUCUUGGGAAAAUACUAAAAGAUGCUCAUAACUCAGCCAUUGAAAAGAACCAACAACUGCUUAUUAAUUUUAAAUCUCUCGUCACACUGAACGACUUUCAACAAGAGCUGUACCUGCCACAGCCAUUGUUAUGA